UUCAAACGCACUACAUCAAGAGAAGUGAAGAUGGCGGAUGUGUUGAGUGUUCUUCGGCAGUAUAACAUUCAGAAAAAGGAAAUCGUCGCUAAAGGAGAUGAAGUUAUAUUUGGAGAGUUCUCCUGGCCGAAAAACGUCAAGACCAACUACAUAAUCUGGGGUACUGGCAAAGAGGGACAACCCAAGGAGUACUAUACUUUGGACUCUAUCUUGUUCUUGCUCAACAAUGUGCAUCUUCCACAUCCAUCGUAUGUCAGAAGAGCUGCAACAGAGAACAUUCCUGUUGUCAGGCGACCUGAUCGAAAGGGCUUGUUGUCAUAUCUCAAUGGCGACAGUUCAACAUCAACAAGUAUUGACAGAAGUGCCCCCAUAGAAAUAGGCUUGCAACGGCCAACACAAGUCAAACGAGCAGCUGAUGAAGUAUCUUCUGAAGCCAAAAAACCAAGGAUUGAGGAUGAAGAACGAGUGCGUCUGGACAAGGAGCGUCUGGCUGCCCGUUUGGAGGGACACAAAGAGGGCAUCGUGCAGACAGAUCAGAUUAGAUCCCUGUCCGAAGCCAUGUCCGUUGAAAAAAUUGCAGCUAUCAAAGCCAAGAUUAUGGCCAAGAAACGUUCCACCAUUAAAACUGAUCUGGAUGAUGACAUAACCCUGAAACAGAGAAGCUUUGUGGAUGCAGAGGUUGAUGUCACUAGGGAUAUUGUGAGCAGAGAGAGGGUCUGGAGGACCAGGACAACCAUUCUUCAGAGCACCGGGAAGAAUUUCUCCAAGAAUAUUUUUGCCAUUCUUCAGUCUGUGAAAGCCAGAGAAGAAGGGCGAGCCCCUGAGCAGAGACCAGCACAGAACACUACACAAGUGGACCCGACUCUAAGAAAUAAGCAGCCUGUUCCUGCAGCCUACAACAGAUACGAUCAGGAACGAUUCAAAGGAAAAGAGGAAACUGAGGGGUUCAAGAUCGAUACAAUGGGCACCUACCACGGCAUGACCCUGAAGUCAGUGACGGAAGGAGCCUCUGCUCGAAAGGCUCAGACCCCAGCCAUGCAGCCUGUCCCUCGCCCAGUUUCACAAGCCAGACCUCCACCCAAUCAGAAGAAAGGGUCUCGAACGCCGAUUAUCAUCAUCCCUGCUGCUACAACCUCACUCAUCACAAUGCUUAAUGCUAAAGAUCUUCUGCAGGACCUAAAGUUUAUCACGUCUGAUGAAAAGAAGAAGCAGGGCAUCCCACGAGACAAUGAGGUUCUGCUUCAGAGGCGCAAAGACCAGAUCCAGCCCGGUGGCACCACACUGAGCGUCACUGUGCCGUAUCGCGUCAUUGAUCAGCCGCUCAAACUGGCUCCACAGGACUGGGAUCGAGUGGUGGCUGUGUUCGUGCAGGGUCCUGCCUGGCAGUUCAAGGGCUGGCCGUGGCUGCUGCCUGAUGGCUCCCCUGUCGACAUCUUUGCUAAAAUUCGAGCGUUUCAUUUGAAGUAUGAUGAAGCAAAGACAGACCCCAAUGUGCAGAAGUGGGAUGUUACCGUCCUGGAGCUGAGUCGCCACCGGCGCCAUCUGGACCGACCUGUCUUUCUGCGCUUCUGGGAAACCCUCGACAGAUACAUGGUGAAACACAAAUCUCACCUCAGGUUCUGAUCACAAGGUUCAUUCUCCGAAACUCCCACAAUUCAUUCUUUGACCUUCCAGCCGUACUUAGUCCCCCCUCCUUUUAGAGGGAGCCAACCUCAACCAAGCUGUCAGCCCACCUUCGAAUUCAGUCCCCAAUAAAACAGCAAAACAAAAAAAGGGAGAAGGAAAUCCAGCGACUUCCUCCAACAAUUCUCCUCAACCCCCGAUGCGGUGUGCUGGAUUGGUUGCUGUGGACGCUGCACUGGAGAUGAGGGGGACUUUUGUGUUCAUUGUAAUUGUUUUCUAAUGUUUUCAUGUAGGUAAACAAAAACACCAAAACAACUUUUAUAUAAAAAGGCAACACAUUGUGGAGGCGAUGUAAGUGGCAUAUGAUGCAACAUGACCGGCAGAGCAGAGCCGUGUAGAUGGACAGACAUUGUGCAAAUAGUUCUUGGUACAGAUGACACAACCAAUGAUUGAGCAAAGAAACUUACUUUACACUUUUUUUUCAAGUGUUUAUGGUCUGUGUGUGUAUAUAUGUUAAAACAGAUCCAGGUAAGUGACUUGUCAAUACUACAAAAUAAAAUGAUCUCGUUGGAGCAGACAGUUGCUAGUUUGACAGAUCAGCUCAUCAAUAACCUUAAGUAUUUUUCUUUCCUUUGUUGUUGUGCCAGAGAGCAGAAAUGAUGAAAGUUUUGCUUUGAGUCACUGCAUAAAAAUAGACAAUAAAAGCUAAAAGAGA